ACCAUCCGUAUUCGAGACCAGUCUCGUUGCAGUAUCGCUCACCGUGUUGUGUAUGCGUUGCAUUCAGUGUCUUAUCAGUUGUCGUUCGCGUCUGAUCUGUCGUUCAUAAAAUCGACUCUUUCUCCUCCUACGACGUGCUAUUAACGAAGAAAUUAUAAAUUCGUUUGACAACGACGUUAAUCGUACACGUCAAAUGAUCUCUACAAGUGCUGUUUAGGCUUUUAUUUUUCAUACCAGUGGCUGAUAUGCCAGUCAAAGUAAAAUGGAAAACUGUUUACGCGGCAGUAUUGGUGUUGGCCGUCCAACUGGCCACCGGUAUGUUCGUACAAAGACACUGCAAUCAUUUGUACCCCAAACCAGACGAGGUAAUACAUGGAGUGCACAUUGAAUCACCUCACAUAAUGAGAAAAAGAAGUGUGAAUCAGCCGCUGCGAAUUCUUCUCUAUUAUGACGAGAGCGUGUACAGGCUUACCGAAGAGAAAUUUCAGCUAAUAAACAAUACCAUAUUACCGGAAGCUGUACGAUUUUGGGAACAAGCACUCAUGGUUCGCAAAACCGAAAACGUUAUUCGACUCAACCGAAAAUGUGUAAACAAUCAAGUUUUUUAUCGAAAAGGGGAUCCUCAUCCAUACUGCAAAAACGCAUGUGAAGACCGAACAAUGUGCGGUGAAGUACAAGUUCCUGAAGAGCAUUUGGAGGCAUGCAAAACGUGUAACGCAUCGGGCAUGGAUUGCGGUACGGGAACGUCAAAAUCAGGUGUGGGCAUCGAAGGAGCUGAUUUCGUGUUCUACGUGAGCGCGAUGGAGACAGAAAGAUGCCACAAAGGGUUAACAGUGGCGUACGCGGCUCACUGCCAGCAAGAAUCAUCGCUGGACCGUCCGAUUGCCGGGCAUGCUAACCUUUGCCCGGAAAGCAUCAGCACUAAGCCGCAGGAGCUCGAAGUGCUUCUGUCCACGGUCAAGCACGAAAUACUGCACGCGCUUGGUUUUUCCGUAAGCCUGUUCGCAUUUUACCGAGACGCUAAUGGGUAUCCACUGACUGCCAGAGAAGACAACGGCAAACCCAGGCUCAAUGAAAAACUUCAAGCAAGACAGUGGAGUGACAAAGUUAUCAAGACUGUGAUAAGACGCAACUGGACAGUUCAUGGCGGCGUGGUGGACAAAGAAGUUCAAAUGAUGGUAACCCCUAGAGUUGUAGAAGAGGUUCGAAAACAUUUCAACUGCUCGUAUUUAGAAGGAGCUGAACUGGAAGACCAAGGGGAAGAUGGUACGGCUCUCACUCAUUGGGAAAAAAGAAUUUUUGAGAAUGAAGCAAUGACGGGUACUCACACUCAGAAUCCAGUAUAUUCGCGGUUAACACUAGCACUGAUGGAAGAUACUGGAUGGUAUAAAGCUAAUUAUUCAUUAGCUCAAGAUCUUAGCUGGGGCAAAAACUUGGGCUGUGAUUUUGUAACAAAAAGCUGUAAACAAUGGAUGGACAUGAAACGUAUUAAAGGCCAAUCUAUCCAUCCAUUCUGUAAUAAAGUGAAAAGAGAUCCUCUGGAAACCGAGUGCACAGAUGAUCGUAGCUCAGUAGCACUAUGUAACCUAGUUGAACACGUACAGCCCUUACCAAAUUUCUAUCAGAACUUUGAUAAUAUCCCACACGUAACACCCGGUCGUGAAGCAUAUUACGGAGGAUCUGUAAGUCUUGCGGAUUAUUGUCCAUAUAUACAAGAGUUUAUAUGGAGGUCAAAAAGUGUAGUGAUAAGAGGAUCACAUUGUCAGUAUCCAGAAAAUAAUCCACAUCCGGAUAAAAACUUUGCGUUAGAAGUAUAUGGAGACAAUUCUAAAUGUUUCGAUCAUACUAAUCAGAUGUGGGAAGAACAAACGUGCAAGCAAGUUAGACAAUGGCAACACUGGGGCUCUGGUUGUUACGAAUACAGCUGUCAAAACGGAAGACUUCAUAUUGUUGUGUCCAACCACACGUACACGUGCUACUUCCCGGGCCAGGAAUUGGUCAUCCGGCUGGUAGCCAACGGUUGGCUGCACAAGGGCGUCAUCGUGUGUCCGGCGUGCGAGGAGUUGUGCGGCGGCGGGUCGGACGACAACAAGUGCAAGCCGCCGCAGGACGUGCCGCUCACCGUACCGUAUCACCGCGAACAACUAGCGUGCGGCGGCACGGCCACAGUCGCCGUGACGGCUGCAGCCGCUGUCACCGCGGGAACCGUUGCCACGCUGUUACUCAUGAUCUCGACGUGAACAAACAACGAUGUGAUAAUGUCAUGACGUAUUAUCGUAUUCUGUUUCUCAUUCUCUCUCUCUCUCUUUCAUUAUCUCACUAUCUAUGUAUCUGUCUCUUCCUAUUUUUUGUCGGUCCCUCCAACCGCGAGCGUGUGUGUCGUGUGUAUAUAUUAUGAUAUUCCAUGUGUGUACAUAGGUGUAGAAAAAUAUAGUAAUUUAUGAUCGUUGUCGUAGUCAUCGCAGCAUUCCUAAACCGUCGCAUUUAUCCGGAACGCGAAUCUCAUCUCACUCUGUUAAGGUGAAUAUUAAUGAUUAGAUAAAUCGACGCAGCAUAAUAGUCUGCCUAAAAUCAAUAUUUUUCCGACCAACAAAAUAUUAUUAUUAUACCGCAUAAAAACUUAUUGCGUCAACGUAACGUUCCCAGAAAAAAUAUCGUGUCACAGUUGUGUCGGUGCAUUUUAUGAACAUAUUAUAAUAACGGCUCAUCGAUUAUUACGCACGAUUUACGUAUCAAAGUGGUCGUCCUCCAGGCUCCAAUUCUAUGUAUUUGCGCAUUAAUAAUUGGAUUUGUGAUCGCGUGCGCGUGUCUGCCGUUUUACGCGCACAUAUACAUUUCAGAUACAGAUUGUGAAAAAGUGGCAUUUAACGGUUUCACUAUUACAUCAUUUGAUAUCUGGACUUGACCGUAACUGUACUAUAAUAAUAUAAUAUAGUAUAAUGUGCGAUGGCUAAAUAAAUCAAAUUAUAUAAAUAUAAAUGUUAAUGUGAAAUAUUGACAAUCAAAUUAACAUUUCUCAAUUACCUACUUAUACAAGCGUAUAUGGUAUAUUCGCUUUUCCAAGUUCUUAGACGUUAUUUAUUGACUUGUAACUCUUGAAAUUUUUUUUUUUUUUCGAUAAUAUGAUUUAUUUAUUAUGAAGUUUCAAUUUUACAUUAUUGCGUUCCCGCUUAUUAUUUCUGUGAUAACUUUCAUUCCAUGUUAUCAUUUUUUUUUUUAGCGUACAGUUUUUCAUUAUAAAUAUCGAUCACAAAUCAAUUGUUCUCGGGUUGAAAGUAUACAACGUUUUCAUGGUACUCUAGAUAAAGGUCAUGAGCCGGGGAACACAAAAGUAAGUUUUCUUCUAUUGGAAACAUUAAAAAUAUUAAAAAAUGAAUAGGUGCUAGAACCAAUCUCAGUGAUGAAAAUGCUCAUGUAUGAAUAUAAAUGUUAAAUAAAAAGUAAUACUUUUAAUUGUUUUAUAAGUAUAUAUUAGAAAAAAAUAUCAAUGAUACGUAUAAGUACACCGUGUGUCAUUAUAAUCAUUAGAAUUCUUAUAACUCGUGUGUAAUAUUUUUAUUUUUUUUAAUUGAAGUACAUAAUAUAUAAACUACUUAAUAUGCCUACUUCAAUGUAUACGUCCUUUUAUUGAUAUAAAGAGUAUCCGAGUAGAUAUAUGUAUAAUCUAUAUUUGUGUAAUUUUAUAUAUUAAGUAACAUUAAGUUUUUUUACCGAGUCUGUAUAAAAAUAUACCAGUUAAGAGUAUAACAGCUAUAAUCUAUCUUAUUCCAUUAGACAAAACAAUUUUCUUAGCAAAGGAAAAAAUACAAAGUAAGAAAAUUGUUUUAUAACCAAAUUUUAAUCGGUAUUUAAACUUUCAAUAAUUUCUCUUUUGAAAUUUAAGAAUAACAAGUAUCAACGAAAAAACUUCUUCGUUCUUUUUGUUCCGUAAUAUAAUAAAACAUAAGUCGUAAUAAAAAUAGCUUUCAUUACUACCACGGCCAAGGUACACACUUUAAUCAAUGUUUAACUAUCGUUAUUUGACGUAAACAUUCCAGGUAUAUUAUUUUGUAUUUUACUGUUUUCGUGCACAAAUAAAUGUUCCCAGACCGGAUAAUUGAAAUGCUCAAAAUUAAAUUAAAUUAUAAUAUCCUGAUACACUGCAUAAUAACAUUCAACAUUUCCAGAUUCCAAUAAUGUAUACAUAUAUAAUUUAUGUAUUUUACAUAUACCUACUGCCCUACUAUUUAAAUACUGUUUGCUUUAGUGGAAUUAAUUAAUUGCUCGAGCGGAUGUAAGCAUUUACAAUUGAAAUGAAACAUUACGCCGUCGUAAAAUGACGUAUUUUUUUUAUCAGUAAAUCUUUUAUAAUUGUAUCUUUAGUAUCCUUCUAAUAUUAUGUAUGUUCUAUAUCAUAGUUACCUACCAAUUUGUAUUGUGUAAAAAUUGUAUUUUUAUUUUAUUUUUAAGUACCUAUUGUAAUUACUAAUUACCAAUUUAUAUUAUUAUAUAACACGUUAUGUUUAUAAGUGUCACUAGACAUUAAGUUGUGAGUAUGCGUUUUUUUCAAUUAGGAUUAGUAUUAUAGUGUUUAUGUAAAAUUAAAAAUUACGCAAAUAUUAUAACUUUGAUGUUUGGAUGAUUUCCCUCAAAACAACACCCUUGCAAUAUUUGAUAAAACAUUUUUUGAUGGUCACCAAUGAUAAUUAUUGUAACCUUACCCUUAUUACAAUGUUUCUGAAUUAUACAAUUAAUUACGUACCUACUAUUAAUAACUAUUAUACAUACCUAUAAUACCUAAUACUAGUAAUACUCAUAUUAUGUAGAAACAUUUAUCGUGUAAUCCAAGUAUAAUAAAAUAUAUGUUUUGUUGU